AUGCUGGAGAAGGCCACCCUGCUUCUACUCCUGCAUUUAGUUGCAUGCUCCAUCUCCUCUCCUCUCUACCCAGCUCUCAGGUACAGUCCAGGGCCAGUUGCUGGCAACACUGUGAACUUCCAGCUACAGCACAGCAGCCCACUGCAGAGCUAUGACCCCUUGGCAGAGGAACAGGAGGAAGAGAUGAGUUUUUUAACAGACCCCACAGAAAAGAGGAUGCAGCGCCAUGCUGACGCCAUAUUUACCGACAACUACCGGAAAUUCCUGGGACAGAUUUCUGCCCGCAAAUUCUUACAGACCAUCAUUGGCAAGCGGCUUGGAAGCAGCGAGAGCAGUGUGGGACAAGGGGUGCACGAAUUUCUGACAAGGCGCCAGUCUGACAGCAUCCUGAUGGACAGCGGCUACCACCAACAGAUGGUACUACGGGAUUUCCUGGGAGCCAAUCUGCAGGAUCAGCGGCCUCAGGACAUCAACAGCAGCCGGUUAGAAGGCUUUCCCAGCACCCUGGCUAAGCUCAUGUAA